CAAACGAUUUCCGUCGUGGUUUUAACGUGACUAAGGAAAGCGGUUUCCAUUUUCGUGGUUUAUUUGUUUUAUUUCAUUUUUCUCAUCCACAUUGGACGCAGGCGUGUUCAUGUCAAAGUCUUUCUGACUGCUCUGAAGAAAUUAAUUUACACCCAGGAAUCUUCAAUACUUUCAUUAAAGAGAGAAGAAAAAGAGAGCGACCUCCUUUCCCUGCGAUUUGGAAAUAAUGGAAAUGCGGACUUGACUACUGACAUUAAGACGCCUUCAUGAAGGGGGCAAGAAAAACGGACCACUGCUUGUAGUAAUUUUUGUGAUCAGUGCUGAUUGCCUUGAUUUUCUCUUAAGAUUUUCUCCUUGUGGAUUCUGUGUCUUCUCAGCGGAUAUGCUCUUUCAUGGAAUUGCAACCUGAGAAUAUAUCAUUAUUUGAGCCUUAUUUGAGAAUAUACUGGGCUCCGCACCUAUUUUUAUUAAUAUGCAUUUACAUGCAACUGGAAACAUGGUGUUGAGAAUAACCAUCGUGGAACGUCAUUAGCACCAACUGGUUUUAUUUUUGUAUUGAUGUGGACCCGCGCAACGGAAUGUACUGAUUGAGACUUAUCAACGUUUUAAGGAUUUUGUUACUGCUUCAAAAUGGUCGGUUCUACAUCAUUCCUGGCUAGCAGUUGUCUCCUGAUGUGAACUGCGCAGAUUUGAUGAGUAGUCCUCCGCCGGUUUUUCCCGCACCCAUGCAGAAUGUAUGAAUUCUUAUUUUCUGUCAGCAGACUUUUCACAUAGAAACUGAAAAUAGACUAGCUCUGAAUAGUGCACAGGACUCUGUCACAACAGUGCACACAGCGUAAGUGAAAUUAAUUCAGCACCAGUUGCGAGCCUUUUUUAAUUUUCAAUAUCAACGAUUUUUUCUUGGUAACUUUUAUGUGGGGACAUACAGAAAUAUUUGGAGUACUAUAAUAAGAUGCGCAGAUAAAACUAAUCAGUCGAUGAGAUGCAUGUGGUGAAAAGAAGAAAAACAUCAACAGGUUCGAUACACUUGAAGGAGAUGGAAUUUAUACACAUUUUCGUGUUUUUACUGUUCUGCUGGACUGGUGCCGACGCUCUGUUCACUAGGACAUACUAUGUGAAAGAGGAGCAGCCAGCAUACACGAAAAUAGCCAAUCUUACCCAAGAGUUCAUCGACACGAAGUUUGCAGGUGCAAAUCAGUCCGUUUCCUUCCGCAUUAUCUCCAGCUCUGAGCCGAGAUGGGUGGAAAUCGACAACAUGGGGGUUCUAAAAACCAAACAGAAAAUCGACCGAGACGUGGUUUGCCGCCAUAAUCCCAAAUGCGUUGUAACGUUGGAACUGAUGUCAAACACCAUGGCUAUAUGUGUGAUCAAAAUCGAAAUAGAGGACCUGAACGACAACGCGCCAAGAUUCCCAACAGACCACAUUGAUAUCGAAAUCUCUGAAAACGCCGACCCGGGGACAAGAUUUCCCCUAGAGGGGGCAAGUGAUCCGGAUUCGGGGAGCUAUGGAGUUCAAACCUAUAGCAUCACCCCGAAUGAGCUGUUCGGACUCGAGAUUAAGACCAGGGGGGACGGUUCUAAAUUUGCAGAGCUUGUAGUCGAGAAGCCUUUAGACCGAGAGGUUCAGUCUAGAUAUGAUUAUUCCAUUACUGCAGAGGACGGGGGGGAUCCCCCAAAGUCUGGCAGGGUGAAACUAAACAUCAAAGUAAUAGACUCCAAUGACAACAACCCCGUUUUUGAUCAGGCCGUAUAUUCAGUGAAAGUGAUGGAGAACUCUCCCAUCAACACAGUUGUUAUUAAUCUUAACGCAACAGAUCCAGAUGAAGGCACAAAUGGCGAGGUUAGGUAUUCAUUCAAUAGCUACGUCAGUGACAAAACAAGAGAAGCUUUUAAAAUUGACUCUAAAACGGGCGUCAUCACUGUCAAUGGGCCACUGGACUACGAAACGACGACAGUUUACGAAAUCGAUGUGCAAGCCAAAGAUUUAGGCCCGAAUUCUAUACCUGCACACUGUAAAGUCAACGUAGAGGUCCUGGACGCAAACGAUAAUGUGCCAGUGAUCAACCUCCUACCAGUGAGUAGUGAGAUAGAGGAGGUCAGCGAGAACGCCGGGCCAGAGUAUGUUAUUGCUUUAGUGCGGGUUUUGGAUAAAGACUCUGGGUUGAACGGGAAAGUCAAAUGCAAGCUUCUAGGUAAUGUGCCUUUCAGACUCCAGGAGUAUGAGACCUUUUCAACCAUCCUUGUUGCUGGCAAACUGGACAGAGAGGAAAGAGACAGGUACAACCUGACAAUUCAAGCUGAGGAUAGUGGUAACCCCUCGCUGAAAACAACGAAAUCAUUUGCUGUCAAAAUCAAGGAUGAAAAUGACAAUCCACCCCACUUCACCAAGCCGCAUUACCAGACCAUGGUUAUGGAGAACAACACCCCUGGUAAACAUUUAUUCACGGUGACUGCGAGAGACCCUGACAUGGGCUUAAAUGGCUCUGUGACUUACUCCAUUGUUGAAAAGAAUGUUCUGGACAUGUCCAUUUCCUCGUAUGUCCAAGUGGGUCCCACCACAGGGGAGAUUUACGCACAGAGAUCUUUUGACCACGAAAUGACAAGGUCUUUCGAAUUCAACAUUAUGGCCAAAGACCAGGGUCAGCCAUCUCUUAGCAGCACAGCCACAGUAAAAAUAGUCGUAAUAGAUGUCAAUGACAAUAUUCCUUUCAUCACGUCUCCCCGUCUGGUUAAUGGCACCGCAGAAGUGUCUAUCCCCAGAAACGCGGGAGUUGGCUACCUGGUUACCCAUGUGAAAGCCGACGAUUACGACGAGGGGGAAAACGGUAGACUGACAUACUCCAUCACUGAGGGAGACAGGCCUUACUUUGAAAUCGACGAGAUGAACGGGGAGAUUAGGACUACGACGACUUUUUCCGACAGAACCAAGGCGACCUACGAGAUCACGGUGAUGACCCACGACCACGGGAAGCCGUCUCUGUCCGCGUCGGCAUACAUCGUCAUCUACGUUUCCCAGGACCUGAACGCACAGGAGUCUAUUGGCACGGUCAACCUCUCCCUGAUCUUCAUCAUCGCGCUGGGCUCCAUCGCUGCUAUCCUGUUUGUCACCAUGAUAUUUGUGGCAGUCAAAUGCAAAAGGGAUAAUAAGGAGAUCCGAACAUACAACUGCAGUUUCUUCUACCUGCACAGGGUGGCGGAGUACUCCUACGGCAACCAGAAGAAGUCCAGCAAGAAGAAGAAGCUGAGCAAGAACGACAUCCGCCUGGUGCCGCGCGACGUGGAGGAGACGGACAAGAUGAACGUGGUGAGUUGCUCGUCUCUCACCUCCCCGCUCAACUACUUCGACUACCACCAGCAGACCCUGCCCUUGGGCUGCAGGCGCUCGGAGAGCACCUUCCUCAACGUGGAGAACCAGAACUCGCGCAAUGCCGCGCCCAACCACGGCUACCACCACACCUUCACUGGCCAGGGCCAGGGCCCGCAGCAGCCCGACCUCAUCAUCAACGGCAUGCCACUGCCAGAGACCGAGAAUUAUUCCAUUGACACCAGUUAUGUAAACAGCAGAGCACAUCUGAUUAAAAGCACAUCGACGUUCAAAGACAUGGAGGGCAACAGCCUCAAGGACAGCGGUCACGAGGAGAGUGACCAGACCGACAGCGAGCACGACGUCCAGCGAGGCCACUACCACGACACGGCCGUCAACGACGUCCUAAACAUGACCGUGCAGCCAAACGGCGGCCAGCUACAAGACCAAGAUCCCUCUGAAGGGUUCCACUGCCAGGACGAAUGCCGCAUCCUCGGACACUCGGACCGCUGCUGGAUGCCCCGGGUGCCCAUCCCGGCCCGCGUCAAGUCGCCGGAGCACGGGCGCAACGUCAUCGCCAUCGAGGCGCCCACCAUGGAGGUGCCCCACUACGAGACCUGCGGCACGGCCAAAAGGACUUUUGCCACCUUCGGGAAGGACGGCUCGGACGACGCCGAGCGCGGCGAGCUGAAGGGCAAGCGGGGGGUCGGCGGCGGCGGCUGCGGUGGUCCCGGCGUGGGCGAGACGACGCCGCAGCAGGUGUGCAGCCCGAAGGCCAACGGCGGCUGCGUGGCGGGCGGCCCGCCGGUGCGCGAGGCCGGCAACGGGCGCGAGGCGGUCAGCCCCAUCACGUCCCCCGUGCGCCUCAAGAGCCCCGUGGCCAAGGCGCAGCCGCAGUCGCAGGGGCCGCCGUCCAACUACGGCACGCUCAAGUGCCGCGACGCCGAGCGCAUCGCCAACCACAGCCUCCUGCGGCAGCCCGAGGGCAAGGACAGCGAGCCGGCCAUCCGGGAGAUCAACACCCUCCUGCAGGACGGCCGAGACAGCAAGGAGUCCCCCGGCAGCAAGCGCCUCAAGGACAUCGUGCUCUAACCCCCCCCUCCCCCCACCACCCCCCCCGCGGAGCUCCUGCUGCUCCUAGCUGACCUCCUUACUGCGCCACCUCCUCCUCCUGCUCCUCCUGCUCCUCCUCCUACUCCUCCACCGCCGUCGCCAACGCCGCCAACUGCUCCUCCAACACGGACGGCGCUCCUCCUCUCUCCCCUACCGUCGCUGCUGCUGUCGUCGUCACUGCUGCCACACACGCACAGACACACACACACACACAUAGACAUACACACACAAACACACACACACUCACACACAAGCGCACUUCUGUGUGUGUAUAUGAGUGCGUGAAUGUGUGUGUGUGUGUGUGUGAGACAGAGACAGCCUGUGCGAGGUGUGUGUGUGUGUGUGUGCGCGUGUGUGUGUGUCGUGUACACACAGAAGAGAGAGAGAGAGUACAUGGAGGAGAGGAGAUCAGAUCUGGGAGGUAACCAGGACACAUGUCUGCAACAAAGCAUUCUCUAUAGCGGCAAUGCAGACCAACCAGCGCGGUGAGACAGAAGGACCCGGAGAAAAGGAGAGAGAGAGAGAGAGAAGGAAAGAGAGAGAGAGAAGGAGAGAGAGAACUGACAAUGGGAGGAUGCGCAGAGUUGAACGUGUGUGUGAGUGCUUCAAGGGCCGUCGUUGUGGCUUCCUAGUAAUGGCAGUAGCUACUUGUGGUUUUUUUUUUUUGUGUUAUUUUUUUUUUUUAUCACAGUUUGGUGGUGAACAGAUAGAGGGCUUAUCGUGUACUGUGUAACAUGUUCCAUGCCCUUUGCUUACUUCUACAUCCGCCAUUUGGAAGUGACUCUGCGAGGACUCGCGUGUGGGGAUACUGUUUUUUGACUGCUUUGAGCACAGUCAUGCCUUUUAAAGACUUGGAAGUAUUCCUUUCUGAUAAUGCCUUUUUGGUACGCAGUUUCGCUUUCGGCUGCCAAACUCACUCUUCUUCGCUUCUUGUUCUGAAGAACUUUGUGUUGGGACGCAACAGCUGGGGAUUUUCGGGGGGGCGGGUGGGUGGGACCGGACACUUGCUGGAUUUCGAGGCCCUCAGCGCCCGAAAACGCGGAUGCCGUUCCACUCAGCUCCACUACGCUUCAUAAUGGGGAAGAGGGAAAAAAACGCACCCCUCGUCCUUAUCUCAUUUCAUUUAUUUCCCUCCGACUUUCUCAUUUGUCCGAUAAGACAACCCUUCCUUUUCCCCAAAGACAUUCCAGUAUCAGUAACUGUGAGGUCUUUACAGUAUUUAUUUGAUAUCACUGAUGGAGCUAAAUGGACUUCCAGUAUAUCAGCUGCCCCGACUUCCCCGGGAGGACUGAAAUAGGAAGACGGAUCCCUCCUCCAACCUUAACGAAGAAAUAUACAUAUAUAAAUAUAUAUAAAUAUAGAACAAAAAAGAAAAACGGACUCAUUGUUUUUGAAUUCUCCUGUGCCCAUUCUUGAUUGUAGCCAGUGGAGCGCAGUUUGCUAGAACCUUGUGCUCCGGUCUUGUACUUUUUUGGAAUUUUGACUAUGGGGCUAGGAUAGAAGGGGUCGUCACUACGUCUUGCUAUGUGGAACUCUGUAUAGGGUUGACUCUUAUCAUUUUUAAUAACCUGUUGUUAUGUGACAAUCCCUUUAAUGUUUUGUUGCAAGAGUUUAAAAAAAAUAAACAUUGGUGUUCAACUAAAGCUAAAGUAGCGUUUGUUACACAAACACAAAAGGAAAAAAGAUAUAUGCCAAAAUAUAUUUUAUAAAUAAUUUAAAAUGUAUAAUGAGAAUAUUUAAUGCUGUGUAGUUAUUUUAUCAGUAAGUUAUACUUGAAAUUAAUUGGCUUUUUCUUUUUUUCCUUUGUUAUUUUUUGGGCUUUUUAUUGACUAUGAUUUUUCAAUUGAACUUGGAUUUUUGUUCACUGUGUUUCCCCUGGCAACUGUUGAUUGCAGUCUACCUUGUUGUAAAGAGUUUCUUAUUGGUCAGUUCUUGUGCCAUCAAGUUUCUGUGUGGGCAAAAAUAGAAAAAAAAAGACAAAAAAAAGCAAUUUCAGCACCAACAGUAGUGUGUCAGUUCAAUGAGCUUAGAGUGAGAUAGCAAAAGAAACCAAAAAAAAAAUGUGGCAAAACUGAAUCCUUACAGAUAGCAGGUCGUUGUUUAAUCUUAUAAUUUAAGAAAUACGAAGGGUAAAGCUUGCUCUUGUUCAAGAUAGCGAAGCGGUUCCAUCAUUAUCCGGGCGACUGUUUUUUAGGGGGUCUUCACCUUGAGUUCCUCAUCUUCUAGCUCGUUCUUAGCAUUGGGAGGAAGCGUAAGUGGUGACUUGUGAUGCAGACGUGCUUCGCUUUUAGCCCCCCUCACUGAACGCAUUUCCAUAAAACAGCUGUUCGAAUGUUGUGAACACCAAGGCAAAGCGGGUUCUCAGAACACUGGCAUGGAACGAGGUGGAAUCGAGACUUUGGGAGUUGACCUGAAAGCCUUUUCAAGAACCAUCUUGCAAAAAUCAGUUCCCCGUUCACGGGUUUCUUGGUUGCUUUGCAAUAUCCGUAAUUUUUUUGUUUAUUAUUAUUUUAAAAUAAUGUGGAAACAACAAAUGGCAAAACAAGGAUUAAAAUGCAUACAUUUGAAAUAGGUUGUGUAGCUGAAUGUUUUUUGCUGGUCUCACCAACAGCUUCUGGCAACAUGAAAAUCGGAAUAAUCACUGAAUGUAUACAGCAGCUUAUUAAACUAUUAA